AUUACCAGCAGAGGAGGGCAAAUCUCUUUGGGAGCUGGUGAUUGAACAGUUUGAGGAUCUGCUUGUGAGGAUCCUUUUACUUGCUGCCUGCAUAUCCUUUGUUCUGGCCUGGUUUGAAGAGGGAGAAGAAACCGUCACAGCCUUUGUGGAGCCUUUUGUUAUCUUGCUUAUUCUCAUAGCAAACGCCAUCGUAGGAGUCUGGCAGGAACGAAAUGCAGAAAAUGCCAUUGAAGCUUUGAAGGAAUAUGAGCCAGAGAUGGGGAAGGUAUAUCGCCAGGACAGGAAAAGCGUUCAGAGAAUCAAAGCCAGGGACAUUGUGCCUGGUGACAUCGUAGAAGUUGCUGUUGGUGAUAAAGUGCCUGCAGACAUCAGGCUGACUUCUAUAAAGUCGACCACCCUCAGGGUAGAUCAGUCGAUUCUUACAGGAGAGUCUGUAUCGGUGAUCAAGCACACAGAUCCAGUUCCAGAUCCACGAGCCGUCAACCAGGACAAAAAGAACAUGCUCUUUUCUGGCACCAACAUCGCAGCAGGGAAGGCUGUAGGCGUGGUGGUGGCUACAGCCGGCAACACAGAGAUCGGGAAAAUCCGAGAUGAGAUGGCGUCCACAGAGCAGGAGCGCACGCCCCUGCAACAGAAGUUGGAUGAGUUUGGGCAGCAACUAUCAAAGGUCAUCUCAUUGAUCUGCAUUGCUGUUUGGAUCAUCAAUAUCGGACAUUUUAAUGACCCGGUCCAUGGAGGCUCUUGGAUCCGAGGUGCAGUCUAUUAUUUCAAGAUUGCGGUGGCUCUGGCAGUCGCUGCUAUUCCUGAGGGUCUGCCUGCUGUCAUCACUACCUGUCUGGCUUUGGGAACGCGCCGCAUGGCCAAGAAGAAUGCUAUUGUCCGCAGUUUGCCCUCCGUGGAGACCCUCGGCUGUACAUCUGUCAUCUGCUCUGACAAAACUGGGACACUGACCACCAAUCAGAUGUCUGUCUGUCGGAUGUUUAUUAUUGAUAAAACCGAGGGGGAUCACUGUCCGUUAAAGGAAUUCACUGUUACGGGCUCCACAUAUGCUCCAGAUGGAGAAGUCUUUCAUAAUGGCAAAUCAGUAAAAUGUUCCCAGUAUGAUGCCUUGGUUGAGCUGGCCACUAUCUGUGCUCUCUGUAAUGACUCAUCACUGGAUUAUAAUGAGACCAAAGGUGUUUAUGAGAAGGUAGGAGAGGCCACAGAAACGGCGCUGACAUGUCUGGUGGAGAAAAUGAACGUGUUUGAUACAGACAUUAAAAACCUGUCCAAGGUCGAGCGAGCCAAUGCCUGCAACUCUGUGAUCAAACAGCUCAUGAAGAAGGAAUUCACUUUGGAAUUUUCCAGAGACAGGAAGUCUAUGUCUGUAUACUGCACUCCAAAUAAAGCACGGUCCUCUGUUGGCAAGAUGUUUGUGAAGGGUGCGCCAGAGGGAGUUAUAGACAGGUGCACACACAUCCGUGUUGGCAGCAGCAAGGUGCCAAUGACCCCUGGCAUCAAGGAGAAGAUCAUGUCUGUGAUCAGAGAGUAUGGGACUGGCAGAGACACUCUGCGCUGUCUGGCUCUGGCGACGCGAGAUAACCCUGUAAACAAAGAGAACCUUGUAUUGGAAGACUCUUCUCGCUUUGUGGAAUAUGAGACUGAUUUGACGUUUGUGGGCUGCGUCGGCAUGCUGGAUCCACCCAGAGCGGAGGUGGCUGCUUCCAUCAGGCUUUGCCGUCUUGCAGGCAUCAGAGUAAUCAUGAUCACCGGAGACAACAAGGGUACAGCAGUAGCCAUCUGCAGACGUAUUGGCAUCUUUGGGGAGGAGGAUGAUGUUUCCAGCAUGGCUUUCACUGGCAGAGAGUUUGAUGACCUCUCACCUGCCGCACAGAGAGAUGCUGUGGUCAAGGCUCGUUGCUUCGCUCGCGUUGAGCCAGCACACAAAUCCAAGAUCGUUGAGUAUCUGCAGUCCUAUGAUGAGAUCACAGCUAUGACCGGUGACGGAGUGAAUGACGCCCCUGCUCUGAAGAAGGCUGAGAUUGGCAUUGCCAUGGGCUCCGGUACAGCUGUGGCCAAAACGGCGUCAGAGAUGGUGCUGGCUGAUGAUAACUUUUCCACCAUCGUAGCUGCAGUCGAGGAAGGCAGAGCCAUUUAUAACAACAUGAAGCAGUUUAUCAGAUACCUCAUCUCCUCCAAUGUUGGUGAAGUUGUCUGCAUCUUCCUGACUGCAGCUCUGGGUUUCCCCGAGGCGCUCAUCCCAGUUCAGCUCCUCUGGGUCAACCUGGUGACUGAUGGGUUGCCCGCCACUGCCUUAGGAUUCAACCCCCCCGACUUGGACAUCAUGAGCAAACCACCACGAAAUGCUCGGGAGCCCCUCAUCUCCGGAUGGCUUUUCUUUAGAUACCUUGCCAUUGGAUGUUACGUUGGAGCUGCUACUGUUGGCGCCGCUGCUUGGUGGUUUGUUGCUGCUGAGGAUGGACCAAGGAUCACCUUUUACCAGCUGAGCCAUUUCCUGCAAUGUGGCCCAGAGAACCCAGACUACCAGGGUCUGGACUGUAAGGUUUUUGAGUCCCCUUACCCCAUGACCAUGGCCCUGUCGGUGUUGGUUACUAUAGAGAUGUGCAAUGCCCUCAACAGUGUGUCAGAGAACCAGUCGCUGCUGCGGAUGCCUCCCUGGGAGAACGUUUGGCUGCUGGGUGCCAUCUGUCUCUCCAUGUCCCUUCACUUCCUCAUCCUCUAUGUGGAGCCACUUCCAAUCAUCUUCCAGAUCACCCCUCUUAACCUCACCCAGUGGCUAAUGGUGCUGAAGAUUUCGCUGCCCGUCAUCCUGCUUGAUGAGCUGCUGAAGUUCGCUGCCAGGAACUACCUGGAGCGCAACAGAGAGCUGGAGAAGCUCCCCAGCUCCAAAGGCUGCUGCCUGUUUGCAUGUAUGGAGGGCAUCUCCUGGCCCUUCGUGGCCAUUUCCCUCCCUCUGGUCCUCUGGAUCUACAGCUCUGACACUAACCUGGCUGACAUGUUCAUGUCCUGACUGACUUGAGCACAACUUCGACUUUUUUCCAUUCCCCUCCCCGCCCCACCCUCCCUCAGCCCCCAACUCCACCCCUCACCACUGCCAUCACCUCUUCCUUCCCUUCUCUCUCUGCCUUCCUAAUUGUUCAUAGCUAGCUAGCUCGCGUGUGUAUGCGUGUGCGUUUGUAGAGUUAGAGUUGCGUGUGCGCGUGUGAGCUUGUGUGCACGAGAAGGACCAACUGUAACUCAUAAAACGCAACAAAUAAUAUAAAAAAAAGUAAAAAUUUAAGUCGCCUGUUUGAGGGUGGGUCAGGACUUAUGAAUGGCUGAGGCUUUGAAGUGACUCCUGUAGGGUUGGACUUUGUUGCUGGUUUAAGAGUAAAUAUAGUGUUGCCAGUUUUUUUUUUUUCUUCUUUUUUUAUUAUUGAUUUUAAAUGUUAGGAUUAUCUGUACUCUGCCCUACGUCACUACUGUUAGAGAAUUUUGUUUAGGCUCCCCUUCUGCUGAACACGUUAAAAAGUAAAGAUAUAAAAUCAGUUUAUCUGUACAGAGAUUGAACACUAUUUUAUGCAAUUUUUUUUAAAUGGCUUUGUAAAUUGUUUAACCAGCGUGGCUUAGAAAAACCGCCUUGAUUUACUUUCUGUUAACCAUUGUGUCUUCAGUAUAAAUUCAAAACUCUGAGAGGACAAGCUCCAUUCGGCAGACAAGAAACGAGGGAAAGGUUUGGGAUGCUCGGCUUAAACAAAAAGGAAAAAUAUAAUCCUGAGAAACAAAAAUGCUGCAUGUCCUGUGACCAAGCAUGAACUCUAUGUGGUUUCUCAUUUCAAAUUUAAAUGUGUACGCCCACCCCACCUUGUUAAAACUUAAAUAGCUUUGUGGAUUUUUUAUUUUAUUUUAUUUUUUUUACGAUAUUGAUUAAAAAUGAAGUCGGUUUUUCUGCACUCGGCAGAGCACAGCUACCUCAGUAUGAUGAAAAAUGCUUUUUUUAAAAAAUUGUUUUGCUCAUCUCGAGAUGCUUUCCCUCGACACGUCUUGCUAAAAGAUAACAUCUGAGGUGUGCCCCCUACUUACUUGUGCAGAAAACAAAGAACAUCUUCCUUCCCCUUUAACUUUUUUUUAAGGAUGUGUCUUAUUUGUAUUGAUUGUGACAUUCUUUAACUUAAUUUGUUGUGGAGACAGAACUGGGUGGGGAUGCUUUAUGUUGUCUUAACAUUUCCAUAGUGUUUGAUUCAAAGGACAUCAAAAAAUAUUAUCCCACAAGUCUAAUACAAGUUCUCCAAAAGAACAUUGAUUGCAGAUCAAAACCCUAAAUGUUGUUUUUUUUUUCUAUAAAAAAGAAAAAAAUACACUCACAAUGAACCCUUUGAAUCAAGUGUUUUCUGUCUUUAUUUAUGUUUGAGGCUCAUGGUUAUUACAUUUCAUAUCCAGUGUUUUUGUAUGUGCAUAUAUUACUAUAACAAUAAUUUAGGAAAAACGAAUACUUUAGUUUUUCUGAGUACAGAUGUUGGAUCAGAUCCUUCAGUAAUUUGCAUUUGUGGAUAUUUUCCAUGUGUGAAAAACUCAACUAAAGCAUGUUUUUAGGUAGAAACUUGGUUGUUCUCACUGCCUGUGUUUGUCUUAACAAAUGUGUGCUUUAUUUUCUUCAAUGCCUUCCAUUGGCUCCCUGUCAUUAGAGUCAGUUCUCAUGAAAGCUUUUGGCAAUCAGAGCAGAAUAAGAAGUUGGGAAUCGUCUUUCCACAAAGUGUGCGCUCACGCAUAAUUUCCCUCACUGCAGACACCGUGAUGACCAGCAGCGCACACACACACACGGGUGAAAAGAACAUGUUUUCAGAAUGCAUACAGUUAUCCUGCUAGUUGUCCCUAUUUCCUCUAACUUCUAACACAUAAAAUUCCCGCAGUGAGUCACACAUUCCUUUGUGUGCAAAUGCUAAAUUAGGACGAUAAUCCAGCUUUAUGUGCAGGGAUGUCCUGAAACACUCCCCUCCUGAAUCCUCCUUGCAUGAAGAAGUUCUUCCAUCAGUAGCUCGUCAGUCACAUUGAUCACUUUGCAGAAAAAGUGGGUUGAAUGGUCUUAGCUGUACAUCAGUGUAAAAAACAUUCAUGCAUGUGUUUCAGCUGUAUGUAGGCUUUACAAAUUUGUAUUUAUAGAUUCUAAUGUAUAAUACUCUAAUGACAAAGCGUUUUAAGAAAGAUAAAAGUUGUAAAAUCACUUUUUAUUGUAAUGGUUUGGGUGAUUUGCACAAUGUUGGACAUGAAUACCCAAUUCAUGCUGAACUUGACUGUGCUUAACCUUUGCAUUUUUUGUAAAUAUCUUUUUUUUCUAUCCCAUCACUUAAUGUGGGAAUACCACUCACUCUGCCAGUUAAUUUCAUCAAUUAGCCAAUAGAAUCUAGGUUAGCAGACUGUCGUUCAUUUCACAGUGAACCUGCAAUACAGCUCGUUUGAUUUUUCUUAUUGCCUUGACAUUCCUAUAAUUAUCUAUCUUUAUCAACUGCUGUAAAACUGUGAUUUAAUGUGAGGAACCCUGUAUGGCCUCCUCCUGACACCUGGUUGAAGAACAAUAUUAACCAUAUGUAAACGUCAAUCAUUACUGAAGGCUGAUAAUGAUUGUACAGUCAAUACAUUACUGAGGUUGUGAUUUCAGGUAAAUAAAAUAAUCUAGUAUUUGA